ACAGCUUCCAGUCCACCGGCAAAAAGCAACGUCAAUCCUCGGCGCCCCCACCAUUCGCCUCCAUCCCUCUGUCUCUCCCAACGUCCACCGACCCCAAACCAGAUUCAGAGCCUCAAUUAAUCCACAAACGAUCUAGACUCCUAUGUACACGUAGCAGUAGGCAAACACGGGCAACUCUUCCUGAUUUAGGCAUCAAGAGCUAUAGGAGUUUCUCUACAUCAGUUGGGCAGCUCUUGUCUGCUAGGAAGCGCCAGCCAGCCAGCCAGCCAGCAUGUCCAUCAUUCAGCAGCACACCUCGGCCUCGCUCGGCGACGCCUGGCGAACCAUCAACAUCGAUGCCCUAGACCCCGACUCCUCGCAGAACUUCGACACCUCGACCCUACACCCGCCACUCCCCGAGAUCGGCGAGGCUGAUGUCCGGCAGCUUAACGGCCAAAUACGCCAGCUGCUUCGCGGCGGUGACGCUGAAGGUGCCCUGAGAGGCAGCCUCGAGAGCCCGGUGUACAAUGGCAGCGAUUCAGCUAAGGAUGCCCACCUGCAAACCGUAGUAGAGGUCCUGCAGUCGAUCAAGGCGAGCGAGAUGACACCGAUGCUACAGCGAAUCUACAGCACAGAAGGCGGAAGCGAAUUGUUAGAUGUAUUGAUGAAGUACCUAUACAAAGGUAUGUCAGGCGGUGGAUCGGCAAGCAGCGGACCUCGAACCGCGGCCCGGAUCUUGACGCCGCAGCCCACGGGAUUCAGCCAGAUCGGCUCAAGACCCGGGACUACAAACGAGUCUACGGGUACGGCUAUGAGCGUGCUGCUAAGCUGGCACGAGAAGGUUGUCGAUGUUGCGGGCUUGGGUAGCAUAGAGCGAUGUAUGACAGACUGGCGAAAGGUUUAGAGCCGACUACUGCUAUUAUAAAUGGGAUCACGAUUUUUAUAUAUCUUCUUCUACAUGUACCUCGUGUAAUUACAAAAUGCCCUCGUCUAGUACACUUUUCUAAGUAUAUCUACCUCGUAGUUGCCUACGUCUCAAUGCAGUUGAGGUCGUCGUUG